AUGGGGAGCGCGGAAGGCGGGACCACCGACAGCGGCGCCAAUGGGGAACAUGAAAGGCGGGACUGCCGGUUGCGAAAACCAAUAGAAAGCCCCCUGGCCAUGAGGGGCCGCGACUGCGUGGCCAUCGCCGCCGAUCGCCGCUUCGGCAUCCAGGCUCAGACCGUCACCACCGACUUCCAGAAGAUUUUCCCCAUGGGCCAAAGGCUCUACAUCGGCCUGGCCGGGCUGGCCACCGACGUGCAGACCGUGGCCCAGAGGUUGAAGUUCAGGCUGAACCUGUACGAGCUGAAGGAGGGGAGGCAGAUCAAACCCCAGACCUUCAUGAGCAUGGUGUCCAACCUGCUCUAUGAGAGGAGGUUCGGUCCCUACUACACGGAGCCGGUGAUCGCGGGGCUGGACCCGCUCAGCCACCAGCCCUUCAUCUGCUCCCUGGAUCUCAUCGGCUGCCCCAUGGUCACCGACGACUUCGUGGUCAGCGGCACCUGCUCCGAGCAGAUGUACGGCAUGUGCGAGUCCCUCUGGGAGCCCGACAUGGAGCCCGAGCACCUGUUCGAGACCAUCUCUCAGGCCAUGCUCAACGCCGUGGACAGGGACGCCAUCUCCGGCAUGGGCGUGGUGGUGCACGUCAUAGAGAAAGACAAGAUCACCACCAGGACCCUGAAGGCUCGCAUGGAUUAACCCCCCUCAGCUGCUCUCUGCCCCUCGGGACUUUUUUAAAAAUAAAACAAAACUCUGCCCUCA